AUGGCUGCUAACAUUCAACAACAGUUUGGAGAGCAACUUCUACGGGCCGCUCAGGUUGUUGAAGAGCAGAUCGACCAAGAGAUGAACAAACUGGAGAAUCUGGAAGAAGACGAUCUUGAAGUCAUCCGUCGUCAACGUAUGGAGCAAUUGAAGAAAGCUCAAAAAGACAAGAUUGAGAUGCUGUCAAACGGUCAUGGAAAGUAUGAGGAGGUUUCAGAUGAGAAAGAAUUCUUCGAAGCAACGAAAAAAAGUGAUCGCGUCGUCUGUCUCUUCUACUUGCCAGGAAACUUCCGAUGCAAAAUCGUCGACAAACAUUUUGAUAUUCUUGCUAGAAAACAUGUCGGUACUCGGUUUAUUCACAUCAACGCAGAGAAAGCUCACUUCUUGACUACUCGUCUCAAUAUCCGCGUCAUUCCCACAAUUGCGGUCAUUGUGAAACAACAAACAAUCGACUAUAUUCGUGGCUUUGAUGAGUUGGGAGGCAAAGAUGAGUUCACUACAGAGACAAUGGAGAACCGUUUAGCUCGUUCGGAAGUGAUUACUAUCGAGAAGAAGCAUGUUGCUCAGACCAAAAAGAAGAUCAUCCGAUCAGGAGUUGAUGAAUACGACAAUGAAGAGGAUUGGUAA